AUGUCGACUUCAGAGAAGGCAAGGACAAUCUCUGUUGCUAUUUUAGGCUUCUGUGUAUCAUUCAACGUCGAUGUGAAAAACUCCAUGACUUUCAGUGGUCCCGUGGAGGAUAUGUUUGGAUAUACUGUUCAACAAUAUGAGAAUGAAGAAGGGAAAUGUUUCUGGGUGUUAUUUGCAAGAGGGUUGUUCUGGUGGAAGCUCCUUCUCCCUUACUGGAAACUAGAAUGGAUUAACACAUCAAUUCCCAAUGUCACAGAAGUAAAGGAGAACAUGACAUUUGGAUCAACUUUAGUCACCAACCCAAAUGGAGGGUUUCUGGCAUGCGGACCCUUGUAUGCGUACAGAUGUGGACAUUUACAUUACACGACUGGAAUCUGUUCUGAUGUCAGCCCCACAUUUCAAGUCUUGAAUUCAAUUGCCCCUGUACAAGCAUGCAGUACGCAGCUGGACAUUGUCAUCGUGCUGGAUGGCUCCAACAGCAUUUACCCUUGGGACAGUGUUACCGCAUUUUUAAAUGACCUCCUUAAAAGAAUGGAUAUUGGGCCCAAAGAGACACAGGUUGGAAUUUUACAAUAUGGAGAAAAUGUAACCCAUGAGUUCAGCCUCAACAAAUAUUCAUCAACAGAAGAAAUACUCGUUGCAGCGAAAAAAAUAAUCCAGAGAGGUGGCCUCCGGACUAACACAGCCCUUGGAAUAGACACAGCAAGGCAAGAGGCAUUCACUGAAGCCCGGGGUGCACGGAGAGGGGUCAAAAAGGUCAUGGUGAUCGUGACUGAUGGGGAGUCCCAUGACAGCCACAGGCUGAGUGAGGUCAUCCAGGACUGUGAAGAUGAAAAUAUUCAGAGGUUCUCCAUAGCUAUUCUUGGCAGCUAUAACCGAGGAAAUCGAAGCACCGAGAAUCUUGUGGAGGAAAUAAAAUCAAUUGCAAGCGAGCCCACAGAAAAGCAUUUCUUCAACGUGUCUGAUGAAUUGGCCCUAGUCAAUAUUGUCGAAGCUCUAGGAGAAAGAAUAUUUGCCCUGGAAGCUACGGCUGAUCAAUCAGCAGCUUCAUUCGAAAUGGAAAUGUCUCAGACUGGCUUCAGUGCUCAUUAUUCACAGGAUUGGGUCAUGCUUGGAGCAGUAGGAGCCUAUGAUUGGAAUGGGACAGUUGUCAUGCAGAAGGCUAAUCAACUCAUCAUUCCCCAGAACAUGACCUUCAAUGUUGAGGCGACCAAAAAGAAUGAGCCACUUGCUUCUUACUUAGGUUAUACCGUGAACUCCGCUACCGUGCCCGGAGACGUGCUCUAUGUCGCUGGGCAGCCGAGGUACAAUCACACCGGCCAGGUCAUUGUCUACCGGAUGGAAGGAGGGAGAGUCCAGAUUCUCCAAACACUCAACGGAGAACAGAUUGGUUCUUACUUUGGAAGUGUCUUAACAACAAUUGAUAUUGAUAAAGACUCAAAUACUGACAUCCUCCUGGUUGGGGCGCCCAUGUACAUGGGGACAGAGAAAGAGGAACAAGGAAAGGUGUAUGUGUACGCCCUGAAUCGGGCAACGACAAGGUUUGAAUAUCAAAUGAGCCUGGAGCCUCUAAAGCAGACCUGCUGCUCGUCGCUGAAGCACGAUUCAUGCACAAAGGAGAACAGAAACGAGCCGUGCGGGGCUCGCUUUGGAACCGCCAUUGCGGCCGUGAAAGACCUCAACCUGGAUGGGUUUAAUGACGUCGUGAUUGGAGCCCCGCUGGAAGACGACCACGGCGGUGCUGUGUACAUUUAUCACGGGAGUGGCAGGUCUAUCAGGACAGAGUAUGCGCAACGCAUUCCAUCUGGUGGCGAUGGCAAGACCUUGAAGUUUUUCGGGCAGUCUAUACACGGAGAAAUGGAUUUAAAUGGCGACGGUCUGACUGAUGUGACUAUUGGCGGCCUUGGUGGUGCUGCCCUCUUCUGGUCCCGAGAUGUGGCUGUAGUUAAAGUGACCAUGAACUUUGAACCCAAUAAAGUGAACAUUCAGAAGAAAAACUGCCGGAUGGAAGGAAAGGAAACGGUGUGCAUCGAGGCUACCCUGUGUUUCCAUGUGAAACUGAAGUCCAAAGCAGACACCAUGUAUGAAGCUGAUUUGCAGUUCCGAGUCACACUGGAUUCACUGAGACAGAUUUCAAGAAGUUUCUUCUCUGGAACUCAAGAACGGAGGAUUCAAAGAAACAUCACAGUUCGAGGCUCUGAAUGCACUAAGCACUCCUUCUACAUGUUGGACAAGCAUGACUUCCGGGACUCUGUGAGGAUAACUUUGGAUUUUAAUCUUACUGAUCCCGAAAAUGGACCCGUACUGGAUGAUUCCCUGCCAAACUCGGUACAUGAAUACAUUCCUUUUGCCAAAGAUUGUGGAAACAAGGAAAAAUGCAUCUCAGACCUUAGCUUGGAUGUAUCCAUAACCGCGAAGGACCUGUUGAUUGUCAAGUCCCACAACGAUAAGUUCAAUGUGAGUCUCAGGGUCAAAAACAAAAAUGACAGUGCCUACAACACCAGGACCACCGCACACUAUUCCCCAAACUUAAUCUUCUCAGGGAUAGAGGUGACUUUCAAAAUAUUAUUUCAAUUUAACACAUCUAACCUCAUGGAAAAUGUGAUCAUCAAUUUAAGUGCAACAAGUGACAGUGAGGAGCCUCCGGAAGCCCUUUCGGACAAUGAGGUAAACAUCUCGGUCCCAGUGAAAUAUGAAGCUCGACUACAGUUUUACAGCUCCGCAAGUGAGUACCACAUUUCCAUUGGGACCAAUGAAACAGUUCCUGAAUUUAUUAAUUCUACUGAAGAUAUUGGAACUGAACUUAACAUCUUCUACUUGAAUGUACACUGCAGUCCUAGUAGCCUUCAGGAUCCUCUGGGAGUCAACUCUGGAAAGAAAAUUAUUAUCUCCAAAUCUGAAGAUCUCAAACGAGGCACGAUUCUGGACUGCAGUACGUGUAAACUUGCUACAAUCACAUGCAACUUGAUUCCUUCUGAUGAGAGCCGUGUGAAUGUGUCACUUAUCUUAUGGAAACCAACCUUUAUCAAAGCACAUUUUUCCAGCUUAAACCUUACUGUUAAGGCGGAACUUCAGAGUGAAAACGCAUCGCUGGUUUUAAGUAGUAGCAAUAAAAAGAGAGAGCUUGCUAUCCAGAUUUCCAAAGAUGCUCUACCAGGCAGAGUGCCAUUAUGGGUUAUCCUGUUGAGUGCAUUUGCUGGAUUAUUACUGCUAAUGCUGCUCAUAUUAGCCCUGUGGAAGAUUGGAUUCUUCAAGAGGCCGCUGAAAAAGAAAAUGGAAAAAUGAAAUAAUUUACAAGAGACAAAACCAACAAUUUUUCAAUGAUCUCUCCUCAGGUUGCCUCAAAUAUGUGACAAGAAAUAUAAACGUGAAAACAUAGUCACAUUACUUUCUGUAAUCCAUCAGGGAUUAAUCACUUGGAAAAUAACAGACCAAGCAUGAUUCAAAAAAGCAAUAACAUAGAGAUAUAUUUUAUAAAAUGAUGAGCUAAUUUUAAAGAUUUACUCAGUUUUUUAGCAUGUAAGCAAAAUUACAAUGUUUUCAGAAGAUUACUACCUUGUACAAAUGUUCAUAUAUCAAAUAGCCAAUUGAAAUAUUUUAAAACUGCAUUAAAAGAAGAUUUUUGUAAUUAACAUGACAGUAUUUGUAAAUAUCAUGAGAGGAAUUACCUGAAAAACAACCCUUCCUCAGCUCACAUGAGAAACCCUUCCGUGGUCAAAUCCUCAAGCAAUAUGGACUGAGGUUAGAACUAAGACACGGAAUACUUUCAGCAUCUUUGUGUUGGGUUCUGUACUUGGGAUUUCCCCAAGGUAUUUAGAAAACAAUGACGUUGAGCUGAACUCCUAGCGAGGAUGGAAAAUCAAGAAAGACUCAUUGUUUAAAAACACGUGCACUGAGUGGAUUAAUUUAAGCUGUUACAGAACACGCUUCCUUUUGAUACUGGGCUCUAGAACUGUAAACGCUUUUAUAUUGAAAACACAAUCGACGCCGUUUUUAUUUUGCGUGGCUUCACAAUAAUCUGCCGUGAAAGGCCGCAUUGCAUGGGGGGUUUGCUGAAAUGGUUUCGGAAAGGGAAACGGCUGCGUGGAUGGAAGAAAGGUGCCGCUGAGACGCUGACGUCGUUUUUUGCUGAGCAGCUUUUGAACGUGGGCGGGUCCCAGGAUGUGACCCAGAUAGGAGUCUUCACAGCUCCUUGGUACAUGUUCACGGAGAUCCCUAAGCUGUGAUGGUGUGUUUCUUUUUUUCUAGAAGCUAUUUAAUUUUCCAAACACAUUUCAUAUUUUUAUAAAGAAGUAUUCUAUUUCAAGACGGAAUUUUACCAAGACGUCAGUGUUUUUGAGUAUCAAUAUGUAAAUAGAACCCCAGAAGUAUGUGCCUAUUUGUGCUUGAAGUCAUCAAUAUGCUGCCUUGGAUUCUACUGUAGCACAAGCUCUAGGUUCCUCCAGUUUCUUAAGAAAAUAGCCAAGAAAGAAUGUAAUAGCUGUAUGCAUGAACUACUGCUGUAAAGUUUGCUGAUACUUCUGCAACAACGCUGUCUCCCCACCUGAUUGACCACCCAAAGCAGAAGCUGCAAUGAUCCAGAAAAUCUUGGUCUCGCAAAACAAGCAAACACCAAAACAGCCACUCCAGGGAGAAAAUGGGUAUGGUGGGUUGGAUUUUUUUAAACACUGAUUUCUGCAGAAUUCUCUGAGGACUCAGAGCUAGCCCACCUCCUGGCUUUCCGUAUCCAUACCUAACCUCCAGAGGGUCAAAGUGAUGUCCCCGGGUGGCAUCAAGGUCAUCUGUAAUUCAAAGAAAGGCUCAACGUAGUGUCUUCCGGCUGGCCUGCCAGUUGCUCAGAAAUGUCCACUUUGGGGGAUUUCCUUUAUUCCAGCUAGCUCCAAAUUCAGAAAUUAUUCUUUCCAUCUGGUCUUUCUUUGCCCAACACAACUCAGGGUCUCUCCCAAUCAGUUGUGCACAUUGCAUAAAAGUAAGUGUUCACUAGGCAUCUAUGAGAGCUGGUCAAAACACUCACUGAACCAGGGUGUGUUCACUUAGACCAAGUGAACUAAAGACAUUGCUAAUCCAAAGAGGAAAAUAGAAACCAGGGACUUUUCAAAUAUUUUAGCAAGGAGAGAAUUGUUCAGCCCGUACUAAUAGUUACUUAUAAGCCCGGCACAAUUUUUAAUAUAAAUAUCUCCUGAUUAUUAAGGAGACUAUUUAAGGGACUAGAUAUUCUAUGUCUCUAAUAAUUUGCUGAGAUUCAUACAUACAUGCGUGGGUUUGGCAUGUGUAUGUGCACACGCAUAUGCACAAAUGAGAUACAAAAUAACAUCAAAUAUUGGAGUUGAUUAAAAAAGAAAAACACACAAAAGCUACCAACAGGACAGGACAAGUUUGAUUUAGCCACUUUUCAUAUAGUUAUAAUUUUCAUAAAUUUAUACAGGUUUAACCCACAGCUCUGCAAUUAUCUGAGAAUCAUAUAUGCAGACACUCAGAUCAGGAAAUAAGUCAACAGAUGUCCCAAAUCACCUUUGUACAAAUAUGCUAAAGUGCAUUUGAGGACUAAGACAUACAGCCAACUCUAUCAUUUUACUUUCAAAUGUGGAUUAAGAAAAAUGGUGGCCUUAAGACUAUUUAUGAGCUUACCAACUAAAUUGCCUAAGAAUUUUGUUUUGCUUUACCAUUGCUAGUUUUAAAAUAAUUACUGUUUUAAUUCUAAAUGAAGUAUGUAUAUACUCUCUUCAUUGACCAACUUAGUAUACUAUAUUGGUAAGUGGCUAACAAUCAGCUCGCCAGCAAGAAAAAGAGUCCUUCAUGGUAUCUUUGCUCAUUUCAGUGUCUUUUAAAAUACUCGUGUCAUCGUUGAUCAGGCUACUAAGGUGACUAGCUCACAAAAUUUCUGAAAAUGUAUCAGUCAGGUCUAUAGAACCAGGAUGAGUUAGCUUUAGCACACCACUGAGCAAGUGGUAGAUUAGGUGAAUAAAUAUAGAAAUGAAUAGACUAAUUUAUUUAUGUACAUGGAAUAUAUAUACACAAGCACACAUGAUAUAAUCAUUUCCAGAUUAUGCUGAAAAUGCUGAUUGUAUCAAACCUAGUAGAUACCAUACUACAUAGUUUCUCAUUCUUCAGUUUAAAUUUCUCUAUUUAUUACCUUCCUUUAAUAUGAGUAAGAUGUUAUGAGCUUGUAGGAGGAGGAAGAAAUUGAAAGCAAAAAAUAUAUAUGAAGGCUGACAGUAAAAAUUUCAGAUUUGCACAGAGUCAAAGGAAUGACUUUAUUUUCUCAACAUUGAGGAAGGUCCAACUUGAACUCCAGCUUUAAUAAUGCAAUAUAUUAAGCCAGCUUUUUGUGAGCACCAAAAUCAUCUUUGGGCAACAAAAUUUCUAAAUAGUAAUGGCUGAUUUUUUUUUUUAAUAGAUCACCAGAACUUUCUUCCAAGGUGCCUCUGGUUGGACUUAAAUCUCUAAUCUGCUACCUUCCAGUUGGAAACUGAGAGUAACUGCACCACGUAGAGAUUCUGAAAUACAUUAAACCGCAAACACCCUCUGCCCUUGACGUGAUUCUGACGCACAGCAACUCCUGUAUGAGGCUCCUUAAGGGAGCUGAUAGCCCCAGGUUUCUUCCGAAGAGCAGCUGGAGGCUAUAAACUGCCUGCUUUGCAGUUAGCAACUCAGUACUUACCUGACAGCACCACCAGGGCUCCUAUAAAAAGGGUUAAGUGGUGCAGUUUCCCAAAGAAAAGCCAUAUUGUGGAGCAUUACUGGGUAGCUCAAAUACCCGAAGUUCAAAAGUAAUGUUUUCAUUUGAAGAGCAAUUCAGUAUCUUUUCUCAUUUUAUUAAAAUGUAAUCUCAACUUUACAAGUUUCAGUCACAACCUUUCAAUAUCAACCUGGAGGGCACCUACAGGAUAUCAGCCUGUCAGCUCUUACGUCCUGUUGUCCUCUCCACCUGGCUCCGAAAUAGUCACUUCUUAGUGGACAGGGAUGGAUCCACCUCAGUGUAUUAGGUCCAGUCAGACUCUGAUUGCAAGCCCCAGCGGAAAUUUCCAGGAUCGCUUUGUUUGUUUUCUGGUGGAUGCACAGUGAGAAAUCUUUUCUUUUGAUUUGGAGCUUCCUAAGCAAGGCCAUGCUGUGCCCCGUGCCUCUUGCUAGGUGUUGGGUGGUGGUAGGUAACCCUUGUUGGGGAGCUGAACCUCUGAAAUCCCUAAAUUAUCUGGUAAAGUCUGGAAGUCACCCCAAUCAACUAGAAACCAAAACGUUUUUUUCUCACUUUUUAAGAUUAUUUAAUGCCAGCAUCUUUUAAGUCCAAUUGUUCAGUGAAAGAACUAACCUGGAGUUUUGGAAGUUCUACAACAGAAUGAGAAUGUUUAAUGUUUUAUUUAGACCUAGUUUGAUUUCCCUAUAAAUAAUAAGGACCAUAUAAGCAGAAGAAAUUGUCCAGAGAACACAAAAUGUAAACCCAGUGUCCACUUGAACAAUCUUUUGUUGAUACUCUCUUAGCCUCCACCUUAUAUUUGAAGAGAUGGUAAAAAAAGUGGAUGAGAAAAAGUGAAUGGGUUGCUUCUCUUCCCCUUAGUAGCCAAAUAGCAGGCUGAAACCACAUAGAAGCUGUCUUUGUAGCGGAUUGUAGCAUCAUCUCUCCUGUGCCAGGUGAUGUCUUCCAUCUUCUACCCCAUGACAUCUUGCACCUUGAGAGAGAAAUUGAAAAAUAAAAAAGAGGGGUGACAAAGCUGCUUCUCUUUACAUACAUGGAUCCUCAUUCCCCAAAUAGACUCCAUCCACAGUACUAAAACAUGUCCUUUGCCCAAGUGAAUUGUUGAUUAAAUUAGAACAAAACAAAUAUUUCCAUAUCAGUUGACAAGGUGAACCUCCUGGAGUUUGACAUCAUAUGGACUCAAGUAAACAAGGUCACUGGAAGUGACACCAGCCCAGUCCUUCUUCACACUAGACCAAUGUCAAAGAUCAUGCGGGAGAUUCCAGCAUUUCAUUCAGAGAUGCCCCUGUCCUUACUCAGGAUGCAACAGCAACUUGACAUUUCUGAUUAGGAAACAUUAGCCUGUCAGGAGACGAUCAUGUGCUAUGUAUUACUACUGUGAGAUUGUAAAAUUAUGAAUGGACAGUAUAAAGAACUGUAUCCAUUUUAUCAAAGAGAAAAAUAUUGUAAACAAUGGCUCUGGCACUGAAAGAACAUCUGUCAUAUUCUCCACAAUAAACCUUUCUGCUUGGUGUAACCAAAAAGAAAGUUUGUUGCAUUACUUUUUUAUUUGUCUUGGGAAAAGCCUCAUUACAAUCAAUAAAAUAAUGGUUAUCUGCUUGUCUGUGAGACUUGUAUUAGAUAACCUCCUUAGAAGAAAACAUUUAGAUUACAUUCAAGGACAAAAUACCAUGGUUUUGUUGCCUCUUUUAAUUUAUUAGUGCCUAAAUCAAAACUAUUUUUCAAAGAAGUUAUCAAGUCUUAGUCAAGGAAGCGAAUAAAAUUGGAAACAGCUGAGGUGAUAAAAAUGUUCUGAAUGUUGUAUCUGUGGGCUCAUCCUGCACACUGAUUUGAGGUAAAAGGUAAUUAUUUUAUUUUAUUGUAUUUUGUUUUGGGGGGUAUAAUUCUCUCUUAUGUUCAUCAGUAUUUUCUGUUUAUGUCAAAAUAAAUGAACAUUCUGACUUAUGUAUUAAAUAAAACCUGGCUUUUUCAAAGAAGAA